AUGUAUUUUGACAACCAAGCGUUUGUUUGUCUCCACGGUGUCUCUCGCCUGGUGACCGACACGAGGUGCCUAAGAAGCUUCUUACCUUUGCUCGCUGGCAGUCUCCUGGUAAGAUACGCCCGAACGUACGCGCUCCUGUUGCCCUAUCGGAGAACUAUUCCGGUCUUGGCGGUUCCGUUCAUCUUGCUAACCUUCUACUACACGUCGCACCUUGAAAAGAACGCGAUCAGCAAGCGCCCACAGCUCAUCGCUUUCACGCCUGCACAAUUCGCCACUAAAAUCGACGGCGAAUCUAGGGCCAUUGAGAAGCACUUUUGGACGAUCUCUCGGAGACCCGCACGACGUGGCAACUACCGGCGAAUACGUCGCACAGCAGCCGCCAUCUUGAAAGCCAACAGGGAUCUGCCCGGCAUCUCCAACAAGACCUGGGCUUUCGCCAUCGUUCGUUCGCCGACUCCGAGCGCCUUCGUUUUGCCAAACUGUCGGACGUACAUCUUCGAUGGCAUCUUCAAGUUGUGCAGUAACGAUGACUGUUUAUCCUUCGUGUUGGCCCACGAGAUGGCACACUGCCUCUUGGAGCACACGCUCGAAAAAGAGUCACUCGCGUUCGUACUCGACAAAUUGACCAGCCUCGUUUGGCUCUCGGCACUGACCCUCGUUAAGGGGGACUUGCAGGCGGUCCUGGUACCCUGGUUGGUGACUCGCGUUUUUCAUUACACCGUAUUUCUCCCGCAGAGCCGAUUCAUGGAACUCGAGUCGGACAGGCUGGGGCUUCAAAUGAUGGCCAAGGCGUGCUUCGAUUUCCGCUACAGUAUUGUUUACUUCGACAAGUCUGCGGCUUUUAGUAGGAAGAUGGCCAUGAAAAAGUCGCAGACACUGUUCUCGACACACCCGACAAGGAAGGAACGCGUUCGUCGGCUUUACACACAGAUGAGCACUGCAAUGGAACUCCGAAAGAUGCGUCGCUGUUCGAGGCUGGCUCCCCUGCAGCCUCGUGUUAGGCACAGGAUAAGAUCAUUUCUUGCUGACAUGAAAUAG